GUGGCCUUGAGGGGAAAGUCCCUAAACAUGACCACAUAACAAGUAAACUACAGGACAAUAACACUUGUGGUUUUAUGUAUACAAAUAGUAAUUUGCCGACUGGACCAUACCAUACUAUUCUACUACUCUAGAGAGAUGAAUUAUGGCCGGCCAUAUUGAGAACUUUUAUGAUGAUGUAGAAGGUCCUGAGGAGGAGAGCUUCUAUCGACCUCACAGACACGUACCCUCACCACCGACUUCCCUAACUGAGAGAGACAGGCCCUACCUUACCCACCGACCGGACAGGCACACAGCCGAGGCCUUCGCCAAACUCUCUGAGAUGCGAUCCAAGAACAAGCUAUGUGAUGUGGUUGUUAAGGCCGGUGAUCUGACUCUGAAUGCACAUCGAGUUGUACUGGCUGCAUGCUCACCUUACUUCAAUGCUAUGUUUUCCGGUGGCAUGAAAGAAUCUCAGCAAGGAAUCGUCAACUUUCAGAGUGUCCAUCCGAAAGCUAUCGAGGCUUUGGUUGAUUUCUGCUAUCUAGCAACGGUCACUGUUACUAUGGACAAUGUCCAGGAGUUAUUGCCGGCUUCUUCUCUGCUGCAGAUGCACGGAGUUGUGGAUGCUUGCUGCACCUUCCUAGCCAGUCAACUGCAUCCCUCUAAUUGCCUGGGCAUACGGCAAUUCUCUCAAGUUCACUCAUGCUCAGAGCUCUGGAAGAAAUGCUGUAUGUUUAUGCAACAGCGAUUCCCUGAGAUUGCUCUACACGAAGAGUUUCUGGAGUUAUCAUUUCAAGAUCUCUGCAUUAUUCUGUCGGAUGGAAACCUGAAUGUGCGUGGGGAGGAGCAAGUGUACGAGGCUGGAUUAACGUGGAUCAAACAUCACUUAGAUGAUCGGAAACGAUUGAUUGCUGACCUACUGCGUUGUAUACGAAUGCCCCUAAUGUCAGCCACUUAUCUCAGUCGGGAAGUUCAUUCAGAAUCGCUAGUAAUGGAUAAUUUUGCUGGUCGAGGUCUACUACUUGAAGCCAUGGAUCAUCAUCUGCGCAAGCACUACAUGAGAGAUUCAACCAACCCCCAGGCAACUCUAAGCACAACCCCUCGUCACUGCCCUGGACUAGAGUAUUUGUUUGCCAUUGGAGGCUCUGGGCCGCCUGUCUCUGAGAACAACCCAUUUCUUGAUCUCUGUGAGUGCUACGAUGUUGACAAGGACGAAUGGAGACAAGUUGCCCCAAUGAAUGCACGGCGUUCUGGAUUGAGGGUGGCGUCUGUUGGUGGCUACCUAUUUGCUAUCGGUGGCUUCUCUGCAGUUGACACAAAGGCCCUAACAAUGGUCGACCGUUAUGAUCCGAUGACUGACUCGUGGAGGCUUGUAUCACCGAUGAAUUGUGCUCGAAGGAGUUUCGGUGUUGCUACACUGAAUAGCUGUAUCUACGCCAUUGGAGGGAUCACUUGUGGCACCUAUCAUGACAGCGUUGAGAAGUACUGUCCUCGAAGCAAUCGAUGGACAUUUGUUCAGCCAAUGGGAGUGGAGAGGAGAGCUGUGUGUGCUGCAUCACUAGAGGGAUAUGUGUAUGCUGCUGGUGGUCAUGAUGGCGAGGGACUGCUGGACACAGUGGAGAGGUAUGACCCACAGCGAGACACCUGGACAGUGGUCACCAACCUCAGCUCUCCCUGUUGUCUGGGCUCACUGGUGGCACUCAAUGGCAAACUGUAUGCAGUGGGGGGCUAUGAUGGGGCCAAUGUAUUGCAGUCUCUAGAAUGCUACGACCCCAGCUCCAACGAGUGGGAAUCAAUGGCCCCCCUCCCCAUCCAGAGGUCAGGGUUCAGCUCAGCAGUAGUGGACGGCCAUCUCUACCUAGUGGGUGGAUGCAACAAUCUGUCUAAAGUUAGCACUGUGGACAAGUACGACCCAGAGACCAACAAGUGGUCCCCAGUUGCAGGCAUUGGCGUGCGUCGCAGUGGACUAGGUGUGGGGGUAGCCCCUGCAUUUUUGUUUUAAUUAUUUUUGACCCCAUCAAUCACCCCCACCAUAUUCAUCUCUCUCACUGUCUGGAAGUUACCAUUAUUUUAAUAAUAA